CCAACCGAGGCUCAGUUUCGCAACGUAUGUCAAUGAGUUCGGGGGACAAUUGGAAGUGAAAAUAAACCAGGAUGUAGUUGUUUAGCAUCUGCUGUAGAAUUUUGUCAACAGUGUCCGAGCGUCUCGGGGUAGUUGUGGUUUUUUUUUUAAAUAAUCAUUACAUAAAUCAUCAAAGUGGCACAAUUAUCGGAGAUAUUUGGCCCAGGAUGACACAGAAUUUCAAUAUUAUCUGGCUUGUCAUCUUGCUCAGCCCAAAUUUGAGGAUCUGCCAUGCCGGGAAAGGUGAGUCGAGAUGUGGACAAGGAACCUCCCCGUGAGUGCAAACUCGAGGGUCUUCAUCCCCUCCUCAUUAUGACUUACAAAAAUGUAACCAUAUCCGUAAGUAAAAAGGCGGACAAGAUCACAAUUCCACAUGGAGAACGAGUUACAGUGAGAUGUCGAGAGCUGGGGCGAUACAAACUCGUUGGUGAUCCACUCCUGGUGUGCAGAAAUGGGGGGUGGAAUGGAAAAUCUCCAUCCUGCAUCCCUACAACAUCCAUUUCAAAUUACUCGGAUAAUGUUCCACCGACGAUUCUGUUCGGCCUACCCAGAGGAUCAGCGGCUAUCGAGCCCUCGGGUGCCCUCGCUGUCUUCCCAGGAAGUAUUUUACAUCUAGAGUGUUUAUUUGCCCGACGCAUGGGCAAUCCAGAAUGGACAUGGAACUCAACAUUUCGUCAAUACCUCACAGGCUGGGCCAUCGCACCAUCCGAGAAAGAUUGGAAGUACAGGCUGUCGAUAUAUUACGUUAAAAAUCAGGACUCGGGGGUAUAUACCUGCUCCACACCCAAGGGCCUGAGUAAUUCCAUCAGAAUCCACGUCGUAGAUACCCACUGUCCCACUCUGAUACCAACACCAGCCCCACUGUCCAGCAAGAUUCAGGGUGCUAGGAUGGGCCAGAGGGCUGAGUUUGAGUGUCCAAAUGGGUACAAACUGGUUGGCUCGAAAGUACUCAAUUGCCAGUACAACGGAAGAUGGUCUAGUGAGGUGCCACGCUGUGAGCUCAUACUGUGUCCAGAGAUUGUCCUGCCUAAUGCAAAACUUCAGAUGUUGGAGCACAAUAACAGCGUCAGUGGUAAUGCUGUGUUCACCUGUCUGUGGGGUAACUUGCUGCUCGGAUCCCAGACUAUAUCCUGCGGUGAGGAUGGCACGUGGAAUGCUACUGUACCAGUAUGCUCGCAGAUAAAGUGCCCUCUUCCCCCUGUACCCAAAAAUGGAAUUAUUCUGGAAACGGAGAGAAGUCCGCCAGUGGCACAAAAACGAUUUACCAAAGCCAAUAAAGCCAGGAAGGUUGGAUCAUUGUUGAGAUUUGCCUGUCUGCCUGGCCAUCAAUUAAUCGGGGAGGGAUCAAUUAUUUGUACCGAGAAUGGCACUUGGUCUCAUGAACCUCCACUAUGUGAAGUCAGGUGUCCAUACCCGGGCGAUCCACCCCACGGAAAAAUUGCUCCACUGAAAUUCUGGUACAAACCCGGCGAUACGAUUCAAGUGACGUGUUCCCUGGGUUACGUAACACCACUGGAGCCGGAGAGAAAACCAACAUGCAGAGAGAACGGAAUCUGGAGUGGACCACCACCGCCCUGCACCUCCUACAGAGACGUUUGAAUGCCCCACGUUCAUCGCAACACC